AUGCCGACAGAACCCAACCAACCAAAUCCAGCCAUCGGCACCGCAAAUUCAGAAGCAGGGCGCAAAGCCCCAGACAGCGAACACGAGACACCAUGCCCCGAAGUUAACACCGUCUUUCUAGCAAGGGCAAUGGCGCACAUCAGCUCCCCAUCUUUCAUCCCUCCAGUCCCAAUCGAGCAUCUAGAAUCUAUCCUACUUUUUGUCGCCGCUACCACCUCCGGCGGGGAGGGCCCACUGAUCGUCAGAGUUGCAACAGACGAGGACUGCAACGAGUCCCGCCCACUGUGCCUUCUCGUAAAGUAUCCGAUGGUCCGAAGCGUUGGAGAUGUCAACCAUUCCUGGUGUGGGUUUGAGGAGUUUCUUGCUGCGGGGAUGGCUAGUGGGCUUGGUGAGUCCGUUGCGGAGGCGUCGAACAAUGAUCUUGGUAGUGCACGGCCAGAGGGCACGUCCUCUUGGGUCAGGGCGCAAGGUGUCGAGGAGGAUCCGAUCGUAUACGGGGAUGAGGAGCUUUCUGAAGAGUGGUGGUCUAUGGGUCAGGGGCGGGUGGGUGUCGGAAUUUCUGGGCUAAGCAGCUUCUGGCCAUGAAGAAGGAUAAGGAGGUGUCUUCGAAUGGGAUAGGGGCGCCCCAAGGGAUAUGGGGGGACAAAAUGGUUUCGCGGAUUCUAACCUGGGGAGGAUAG